GGGAGAAGAAUACCUCUCGGUAUUAAGUGAAUAUUUGAGCAGCUGUGGUGCCCUCUUUGUUUUUGUUUCACAUAAAUCCUGACUGUCGGUGUGUUUUCCAAACGUGAUAACAUUUUCAAGCCAUCUCCGGCACCAUGAUGACCGACCAGGAACCGGAACGCUCCAUUAACACCGAUCGCAAAGGGCCGUCCUCCCCCACCUUUGGUGACUCCGUCUGCCAGGAGCUACACGACAGUCAGCCCUUCUCGUUUUAUAUUUGGAACAACCCGCACUUUGCUCUGCUGACUCCUAGACGCCACAGUGAGGCCAUGGCUCAUUCUGACUGUGAAAGCACAGACGAGAGGCCACAGGUGACUCCAUGUUGGACCAACGAAACCAAGGGGACGGCUGUAGACACAUACACACACACAAACACACACACACACACACACCAGCAUCAUCGCUGACUGACUCGAGCAGAGUGGAAUUUGAUGUGACACACUUACACACGGUGUGUUUCUGGGAAGUGUGUGUUUUGGCCCGGAGGACACGUAACGGCACCAGCAUGCGGACACAACCUUCCAAGUGUGGUGUCUUUGCUGAGGUCAUCCGCGGAGGACAGCAACACCAAAGCGGACCUCUGGUGGCACCCCCUGCUGGACAGUCAAGAGGGUGAGGUAAUAAUCACUGACUUCACUGCUUUUUAUUGCAUUUUCAGUCCAAAGCAAACAUUGUGAAAUUCCAAAUCCUGGAUGUUAUGUAAGAAAGCGGAAGGUCGGAUCACAUGUAUGGUCACGGAACCUGGGUGUUUUGUUAUGAUUUGCUGUGAUGUGUCCUGUUUUUUUUGAAGACGAGGAUCAUCGUGUUGGCACUUUUUGGCAUGUGAUGAGCGUCCUUCACUGGAAGUUGUCCUUCUGUUUUUAUGACAAGCAAACGCCCACUGAUGGUGGGGAGAGGCGGGGACGCCGCCGUGUACCCUCUGGCUCGCCGCCUCUGCGUAACAAGUUCGAAAGCCGACCCAACGAUGCUCCUGCUCCUUUGCUCGCUCACCCUGCUCGCCUCCGCGGACGCGCUCGUCUCCAAGCGCGCCGCCGUCGGCUGCCCGGAGACGUGCGACAAGUCCCGGUGCCCCCCCUCGCCCGCCGGGUGCCCGGCCGGUACGGCGCUGGACGCGUGCGACUGCUGCCCGGCGUGCGCGGCCGGCGAGGGCGAGCCCUGCGACGCCCAGCGGGAGUGCGCCGAGGAGCUGACGUGCACGCUGAGCGACGGCGUGGAGGCGACGACCACCGUCCGGCGGAGGGCCAAGGCCGGCCUUUGCGCGUGCGCCAGCCGCGAGCCCGUGUGCGGCAGCGACGGCGUCACCUACGCAAACGUCUGCCAGCUGAGGCGCGUGAGCAAGCGCGCCGCCGACGCGCACCGUCCGCCGGUCAUCUUCAUCCAGAGAGGCGCGUGUGGCGAAGGUCGGCAGAACCCGGACAGCCUUCGCUUCAAGUACAACUUCAUCGCCGACGUGGUGGAGAAGAUUGCGCCCGCCGUCGUUCACAUCGAAGUCUACCGCAAGAUGGUUUACUCCAAGCGGGAAGUCGCCGUAGCCAGCGGCUCCGGCUUCAUCGUGUCCGAGGACGGCCUCAUAGUCACCAACGCCCACGUGGUGGCCAAUAAGCAUCGAGUCAAGGUGGAGCUGAAGAGCGGCGCCACGUUCGACGCCAAGAUCAAAGACGUGGACGAGAAGGCCGACAUUGCUCUGAUCAAGAUCGACGCAGCGGCCAAACUGCCGGUUCUUCUGCUCGGCCGCUCGGCGGACCUUCGUCCCGGCGAGUUCGUGGUGGCCAUCGGGAGUCCGUUCUCGCUCCAGAACACCGUGACCACCGGAAUCGUCAGCACCACUCAGCGGGGGGGCAAGGAACUGGGGCUCCACAACUCGGACAUGGACUACAUCCAGACGGACGCCAUCAUCAACUACGGCAACUCAGGAGGUCCGCUCGUCAAUUUGGACGGCGAAGUCAUCGGCAUCAACACUCUGAAAGUGACGGCGGGAAUCUCCUUCGCCAUCCCGUCCGAUAAGAUCCGAGAGUUCCUCGCCAAGUCGCACGACCGACAGUCCAAAGCAGGAAGAAGCGGCAGCAGCAACAAGAAGAAGUACGUCGGCAUCAGGAUGAUGAGCCUCACGCCAACGUUGGCUAAGGAAUUGAAGGACAGACAAUCAGACUUCCCAGAUGUCACCUCUGGCGCUUACGUCAUGGAGGUCCUCAGCCGGACCCCCGCUGAGGCCGCCGGGCUGCGGGAGAGCGACGUCAUCAUCAGCAUCAACGGCGAGCGCGUGACGUCGGCCAGCGACGUCAGCGCCGCCAUCAAACGCGACGACACGUUGCACGCGGUGGUGAGACGGGGCAACGAGGACGUCAUCCUCUCCAUCGUGCCCGAGGACGUCAACCCUUGACCCCCCUGCGUCGCCGACAAGAGCGUAGAAGCGCCGCGAGCCGCCAGCUGGAGGCGCUGUGGAACACCUGCUGUGUUUAAGGACAUUAGUACAGUAAACCUCGGAUAUAUCGGAUUCAAUUGUUCCCACUGGUUUUGUCCGAUAUAAGCGAAAUCCGAUAUAUGUGUAUACCGGAAAAUGUCCGUUUUACGCAUAUAUCGGAUUUAUAUCCGGUAUAUGCGUAGAUCGGAUUUUAUCCGUUAUAAAAAGGCACUUCCUUGACUAUGUUUCCAAUGUACCUGGACGCGUAGGCAACGCUGCAAAUGACGUCGUAUAUAGCGGCCUGUCACGAUUCGGCGAAUCGGAGCGCCACGAUGCGGCCAUCCGAUAUAUGCGAGGGAAAUUUCAUGGAAAUGCAUUGGAACGGGACUGGAGAUUUUGUCCGAAAUAGGCGAAAUCCGUUAUAAAAAAUCUGAUAUAUGCAAUGAAUUUUUAUUGGAAAUGCAUUACAGAAAAAUCGGUUCUUUUUUAUCUGUCCGUUGUGAGCGAAUUUCCGAUAUAUCCGAGUCCGAUAUAUCCGAGGUUUACUGUACUUCCUCUCACACACACACACACACACACACACACACACCUUGUGGAUAUGUUAAUGUUCUUUGUAAAUUGUUGAGUUGUCUUGACUGUUUUUCUAAAAAGGAAAAUAAAGUAAUAAAGUGUCUUUGAAAGACUAAACAGGAAGAAAGUGCGCUUGUGGUUGAACUGGCGUUGUUUACUCAAUGAAUAUAAAUAUAUUGUUUGUAAUGUUACAGUCAUUAAAAGCAAUGUGGUUUAGUUCAUAUGGAGCCCAAA